AAAAAUAAAAAAUGAAAAUCGCGGCAAAGGUAGUAUUUUUCAUUAUCCUCUCAGCUGCAAAAGGCGAGCAAUCUGAUGACAGUGAGGAAUGCACAAAUGCCUGCCCGAAAAUCUUCGAUCCUGUUUGUGCGGUCUACGAUGGCGUAGUAGGGGAAAAAAAGGAGUCGGGCAAUGAGGCAGGCACAGCCGUAUAUCGCUACUUCCACAAUGAUUAUCUACGGCGUUAUGCAAGUUGCAGCACAGGCACAGUUUGGCGCAUCACAUCCCUGUCGACUUGUCUACAGCAUGUCAAUCCUUUGUUACGCCAACAAUGUUUGCGUCCUUGUCCCUUCAUUUACGAACCGAUUUGUGCUUCGAAUGGCAAAGUUAAAGAAAUUUUUGGUAAUAGCUGCGUUUUAGCUGUGGAGAAUUGCCUCUCUGUUGAUGGUCACUCCGGAGUACCUGAUAAUCAGACAUCUGACAAUUUGGCCAUAGUUGGCUUAGAUCAGGCAUUCCUCGAUCCGCAACCAGUCAUAGCACUUCCUACUUUGGCCAUCGAUACCACCAUCAGAAACUGA